CUUCCGGUAGAGAACAGGUUGGACAUAAAGUGACAGACUUCACCUCCUGAAAUUAGGAAGAAAAACCCGAAGGACGACGUGUUACAAGUUAUAAAACAGCUGGGGAUGAUUUUCAGACAUGGACGACAUAAACCUUCAUUAUCGCUUUUUGAACUGGAGGAGACGAAUUCGAGAAAUUCGUGAAGUUCGAGCUGUGCGUUAUCGGGAUCGGUGGAGGAACAUGUUAAGAGAUGGUGAAAUACUCAGGUAUCAGGGGGAUUCAGAUGAAGUUGGCUGUUUUGUGGCUGCAAGACCUCUUUCCAAAAAGAGACGCUAUUUUGAAGUGACCGUCAAUGAUACAGGAGUGAGGGGGAUGAUCGCUGUCGGUUUGGUUCCUCCAUCCCACAAACUGGAACAUCAGCCUGGCUGGCUCCCACACUCUGUAGCUUUCCAUGCUGAUGAUGGCAAGCUCUAUAACGGGAGCACUGUUGGACAGCAGUUUGGUGCCAAGUGCUGCAGAGGGGACAGAAUCGGCUGUGGAAUAUCAUUUGACUCCGAUGAUGGACAGAUAACAGUGUUUUUUACAAAGAACGGUGAAGAAAUCGGCCGUGUUGACAUCCCAGCAUCCGAUGACCUUUACCCUGCAGUAGGGAUGCACUCAUUAGGGGAAGAGGUGGUUUUGGACCUGAACGCUGAAUGGAGGGUGGAGGAUGAUGAUGGACAGAUGAUUGUUGAUAGUCAUGAAGAGGACUGGAGCCGUCUCCAUGACGUCAAAGUAACUGGCACACUGCUGGAGUACACGGGGAAAGGAAAGAGCAUUGUAGAUGUAGGCUUGGCUCAGGCCCGUCGACCUCUCAACCCUCGCUUCCACUACUUUGAGCUGGAGAUCACAGAUGCUGGAGAGAAGUGUUACAUCGCCCUGGGGCUGGCACGCAGGGACUACCCAAAGGACAAACAUCCAGGCUGGAACAAAGGGUCCAUAGCUUAUCAUGCAGAUGAUGGGAAGUUGUUCCACGGCAGCGGGGUCGGGGACCCCUUUGGGCCACGCUGCUUUGAGGGAGACAUUAUGGGUUGUGGGAUCAUGUUUCCACGUGAUUUCAACAUCGAUGGCGGAGAUGACGGUGAUGACUGGGACCUGGAUGUGGCUUCAAGGCCCAGUGAGGUGCAGAACAACCUGUAUGCAAACAAUGACGAGGAAGAGGAAGAGGAGGGGGAAGACGUAGAUGGGAGGAAGGUCAUGGUGUUUUUUACUCGGAACGGAAAGGUGGUGGGAAAGAGGGAAGUGAUCUUGCCACCCAGCGGUUUCUAUCCCACUAUUGGGAUGAUGAGCACUGGGGAGAAGGUCAGAGUUGAACUGCAUCCCCUCAGCGGUUGACUGAAGGCUUUGGGUGAUUAAGGAUUCCUCCAAAUCUUCACUUUACAUGCUGGCGAAAAGAUCUGCAAAAGAAGAUCUUUAUAGCCGUCAUUUGUGCCUGAAGAAACAGCUUUAUGAAAUGUCUUUUGUACUGUAAGAAACUGCUAAAGCAGCCUGAUUGCAGAGAGAAAUAUUUAUGUUUUGGACAAUUUGAUCACAGUGCGACGUUGAACCAUGAAAAAGGGGACUUUAGUAAUGAAUGUUAAAGUUCAGAUAGAGAACAGAUCUCAAUCAACAACAGAUCAGCAAUAAUGUAAAUAAGGCAGUCCAAAGGUAGCUCUGCUUCAGAAAAACACACCCUUUAUUCUAAGGUUUCAUUGGCUGAUGAAAUUAUUUAGGUUGAACCCGAAAUGUACCGAACUACCCAUGCGAUUUAUUUAUUACAUGAUAAGGAAGCAGAAAUGGAAAAACACUAGAAUUUAAAGAGGGUGAUUUAUUUUUGAACCAUUUCUGAGCUCCUAUCAGUGGUCCACUACUGACACCCAGUGGUGAGACGGCUCACAGUCUUCUAAGACGUUCACGGGAAAUGGUUCAAAGUAAUUACGAGGAAAUAAAGUGCAAUAACAAUUUAUUGAUAUAAAAUUUUUUUUUUUUAUAAUUCUUUUUUUUUUUUUUGGUUUGUUAUCUUCAAAUAAUUACAGGUGAUCUAAAAGUAAAAAAAAAAAAAAAGCAAUUUGAUCUGGAGUGGCUGAAACCCAGUUGUAGAUCUAGUUGAAACAUGAAUGUGCCAACGAUAAACUCAAAAGAUCAGACUUUAGUUUACGAAGAUUCAGAAUAUUUCCACCUCUUCUAAUCAGAGCCAGCAUGGCUCUGCUGGGUCUUGAAGCAGGUCUGUGUUUCCUUCUUAGACUCUCAGAACUUCAUUUAGAAAUCUGUUUUUCAAAGUCUCCCUCUUGACACUUAACAACAAUCACGAAUAACUUCACAAAGGCAUGGUUACUUUCUAUGUGUGCGCUUUUUUCCCCUUAAAUAUGAUGCUUAUUUUUCUGUUUAGAAACGUUUGCCAUCCAGAUGAAACUACACCCAUUUUCUUCAUCCUCCCAUUUUCACAUACCCUUAUAUACCCUCAUAUAUAUUAAAACCUGGUGAUUUUUUUUUAUUAAGUCACCUUAAACUAAAUGCCAAAUAUAAUCUCAUAGGACAAGAGCAGGUAACAUGUUUUUAAGGUGAGAAUAAGGUAAGCUAGUUGUACCCCUUAGGUUUGAGAAACUCUGUUUAAUUGUGGCUCUGAAGGAAUUUUUUUUUAACCUAAUCCUCACUCUGAGAUGUGAGAUGUUUAAGGAGGACACUUGUUUUUCCUUUUCAUGAUGUCUACAUUAGCUUUUUGCCAUAGUGUCCAGUUCUGUUCUAAAACCAUCUGUCCAAAUGACAUCAUACCAGUAGUCGUGGUGUUUGUCCAUGUUCUCUCAGGCAGACGAACAUUUCCUCCAUUUGCACUUCGCCUGGAAGUUAAACAGCAGUGAGAGGCUCUUUGUAGGUUCUAUGAGGAAGGUUUAGAGCUUUCAUGUCUUCUUUUAGCAUAUUGUGAUCUACUUUCAGGAUGUGCAAACUGAAAGUUCCACAUCCUGAAGACCUGAGCAUGCUGGCAGUUUAUUUGAAUGUCCUCCACUUGUAGAAUAUUGUUGCAUGAAUUAAGAUGGCCGUCUUUUUAUGUCGGAUAUCUUUGAAUCCCUCACCACACUCUUAAGCUCCUGCAGCCACAGAAAGCUUGUUAUAUCCCUCCAUUAUGUUCUCUCACAUUAAACAAUCUGAGGUUAAAACAGGCCAAAUCUGUCUGAACCUUUCUAGCCAUGAAUAUGCGAUGUGUUGUGCCUGUUUGUUAUUUUUGCUAAUUUAAGUGAGAAUGAUCUUGGAAGUUGUCCUUAUUUCUGGCAUUUUUCUAACUGCAUUUACAGUUUUAAAAAGAUUUUUCUCUAAACAUGCAUAAAAAAACUCAGAAUUUUUUUUUCUCUGAUGGCCAUUUAUUGUGGAAAUACUUAGAUUUUUUUUUUUCUUUUAAACAAAGAAAUUAGAAGGUUGUUAAAAUAUUUGAAGUGUUUUGGAAGUAGAUCAAAUCUCACCGGAGGAAAACGGGAUUAAUUCUGUCAACCUCUUUCAGAAUAUGCAGCUUUUCUUUUCUUAUUAAAUUUAUUUUACUCUGUAUUUUAACUUUGAAGCCAUACACAUUGUCCUCAGGUAUAUUUGAUAAUCAAAAAAUCCAUUUUUAGUUUCAAUUUGAGGCCUUAAUAUUUUAUCUGUAUCAAAUUUUUUUGUGGUUUUGCCUAAAUUGUUCUACAUUUGUUUUGGUCGCUCAAAUAUUUCUAUAUAUUCCUAUUGACUGAUAUUCGUACAUCUGUUCAGAAAAUCAUUUUGACAAUUUUCUUUGUGGAUUUGUGAAGAAAUGCGUUUCAGGGGCUUUUGGUCAGUGAUUAUGUUUAAGGGCUCAGCU